CUCGCCUGUCUGACUCUGACAAGAGGUACUUGAAGGCGGCAUCACAUGUAAACAUUUUGUAACAAGUCAUGGCUGCCCCGUUGGUUAGGAUUCUCUCAAAGUCUUGCAGACAGAUCUCUCGACCAUGGGGUUCAUGCCAGGCUGGAUGGAGGAGCAUGUCCAACAGACCUGUCCCAGACAUGGCUUCAGACCAGGCAGCUGUGGUGGGAUCCUUUCCUCCCCUCCAGACAUAUUCAGAGGAGGAGAACAUGAUGAGGGAAGCAGUGAAAAAAUAUGCACAGGAGCGCAUUGCUCCGUUUGUGUCGAAGAUGGAUGAGAAUUCUGCCAUGGAUGAGGAUGUGAUCAAAUCUCUCUUCGAACAGGGUCUCAUGGGCAUAGAGAUUGACCCAGAGUACGGCGGCACUGGCUCCACGUUCUUCUCCUCCAUUCUGGUCAUCGAGGAGCUGGCGAAGGUGGACCCCUCUGUGGCCGUGCUCUGUGACAUCCAGAACACACUGAUCAACACGCUGUUUGUUAAACUGGGUACGCCAGCUCAGAAAGAGCAGUACCUCAGCCGACUGUCAACCGACAUGAUUGGAAGCUUCUGCCUGUCUGAAGCAGAAGCAGGGAGCGAUGCUUUUGCUCUGAAGACGCGUGCUGAAAAACAUAAAGACUAUUACAUAAUCAACGGAUCCAAGAUGUGGAUCAGCAACGCGGAGCAUGCAGGUGUUUUCUUGGUGAUGGCCAAUGUGGACCCAUCGGCUGGCUACAGAGGCAUCACCUGCUUCAUCGUGGACCAGGACACGGAGGGGCUGGAGAUUUGCAAGAAGGAGAACAAGCUCGGUCUGCGUGCAUCUUCCACCUGCCCGCUCAACUUUGACAAUGUCAAGGUACCAGAGAAGAACAUUUUGGGACAGAUCGGUCAUGGGUACAAGUAUGCCAUCGGAAUGUUGAACGAGGGCAGGAUUGGAAUUGCUGCUCAGAUGCUUGGGCUGGCGCAGGGUUGCUUUGACAACACUAUUCCUUACACCAGACAGAGGGUGCAGUUUGGGAAACGUAUCUUUGACUUCCAGGGUAUGCAGCACCAAAUAGCGCACGUAGCAACACAGAUUGAGGCUGCUCGGCUGCUGACAUACAACGCCGCUCGCCUGAAGGAAGCCGGGAGACCUUUUAUUAAGGAGGCCUGCAUGGCUAAAUACUUCUGUGCAGAGCUUGCAACCCUAACCACAUCUAAAUGCAUCGAAUGGAUGGGAGGGGUAGGCUUCACCAAAGACUACCCCAUAGAGAAAUACUACAGAGACUGUAAAAUUGGUACCAUUUAUGAGGGCACGACAAAUGUUCAGUUAUCCACCAUGGCCAAGUUCAUUGAUAAGGAGUAUGACCACUGAAACCAUCUGACUGGUGCCUGAUAGAUUGCACACUGCUGUGUAACACUCCAUAUUUUUUUCCUCGAAUGAUUUUGGUCAUUGCUGUAGAUUUGCUUUAUGUUUUGAGUUUUUGUUGCAGUUUCAAAUGUUUAAAGUUUAGACUUUUACUCCUAUUAAGUAGUUCCCACUACUAAUGUUACUGAUAGUUACAUUUCUCCUGCUUUACGGUUAAAGUUGCUCUGGUGUAAUGAGUUUUUUUUUUUUAUGCUUUCUAUCAGACCUUUCCAAAAUGUCUAGCAAUAAAACAAUUUGUGUCAUAUGUAAAGCUGUACCACGACCUCUUAUUCAUAUUUGUCUUCUUCUGCUUAUUGAAAUAUGGUGAUGAAUCAUGUCAAUAACACAACAGAUCCAUGUGUUUAAAUAUGAGAUAUGAAAUAUAGAAAUAUGAGAUGUUUUGGUUGGUAUUUUCUUUGAAUGUUUCAGUGCCUUCAGAAGGUCUGCUAUGACUGACAUCGAGAACUUAAAACUAUUUUCUUUGAAGGAUACUCUAAAGUAGGUGGAUUGUAAAGCUUAGAUGCUCCAUCAAUACUGUACAGUUCCUUGUUGGGGAAAAUGAGAAAGUUAUUUCAUACUAUGUCAAGAAAUUGUCUGUAAAGAGUGAUCUGUCAAUAACUUUGACAUUAUCAAUAAAUGUUUGCUGUUGUGCAGUCAACUA